GUGGGUGUAUCCGGAUGUAGUUGUUUUGCAACUGUUGUGCUGGCGUUACUCAAUCAUCUUUACUACACGGCUUGUUUUCUGUACACCUCUUGUACGGGUGUUGCUACUUUCCGUCCGUAUACAAAAUGGCAAAAGUCGACCUUGCUCAAGUUGGAAAGAACCUACUGAAGAGUGAAACUGGAGAGAGUGUAGAGCUCCAGUCUCUCUGGCAGGACCAGCCGGUGGUCUUCUUCUUCCUGCGUAGGUUUGGCUGCCAGGUGUGUCGAUGGAUGGCUUCAGAGAUCAGCGAACUAGAGCCGGACCUGAGAGCCAGUGGUGUAGCCCUGGUAGGCGUCGGACCUGAAGAGCUUGGACUCAAAGAGUUCAAGGAAGGAGGGUUUUUCAAAGGAUCCAUUUAUGUCGAUGAACAGAAGAAAAGCUACAAGGAUUUGGGCUUCAAAAGGUACACAGCCAUAAGUGUGCUUCCUGCUGCUAUGGGGAAGAAAGUUCGAGAUAUAUCUGCAAAGGCCAAAGCUGAAGGCAUCCAGGGAAACUUUUCAGGAGAUCUGCUGCAGAGUGGAGGCAUGCUCAUUGUGUCCAAAGGGGGAGAAAAGGUCCUGCUGCACUUCAUCCAGGAUUCACCGGGGGACCACCCACCUCUGGAGGAUAUUUCCGGGGCUUUGGGUGUCUCAGCCACAGUGACAGCAGGACAGAGGCCAGUGUGCAACGAUGAUGUUUGCACACGAUGAUGACAGAGCUGCCCUUCUUACGACAUGAGCGUCUUCUCGGCUGAAAUUUCAGUGAAAUGUCAUCAAACUGCUAGAGUGCACAACUACAGCCAAUACUUUUGUAAUUUCUCUGUGACACAUUCUUAUCUUAUCUGCAGUGAAACCAACUGUUUAAAUUUCUGUAUAAUCAUUACCUUUUACUUGUAAAAAAUGGCAUGAAUUUAAACUUUGUAUUGACAUUCAAGAUCAUGUUUUAAAUUUUCCCAUUUGUGAAUUUGCAUUAACUACACUCACACUUUUGGAAAUAAGUUAUUUUUUGUUUUUACUGAAAAAUUAGUUUCUGUAUUUCUGUAUUCUGUCUUUAAUAAAAGUUUAAAAUCA